AUUUUAGCAGCCAAUCAGCGCCUGGCUAGCAUCUCCCUGACAAAUAUGGAUGACAGGACGACGCUCGUAAACUGGUGUCAGAGUUCCCCCCACCUCUGCACGGGCCCUUAAACAUGUCCACAGAUGACAGCGUCUCUGAGGACGUGUCCAGCUCUGGGCCGCGGAGCCACUGCCGGGCCAGUGGCGAAGGCGGCAAGGAGAGCGAGGUGUCCCCGCUGUCCUCCGAGGCCACCACGGCCUCGGGGCUGGGGGCCUCUGAGGGCAGAUGCUCGGCCUCCCAGACCACGGGGGGCACUGUGGCCAGCCAGACCGUCAAGAGCACACCAGCGCACAACAAGAUCAGGGGACUGUGUCUGAGCACAGAGGAAGAUGCGUUCACUCCAGGCAAGAACCUGCCGUUCAUUAACCCGAGCUCCCUGGAGACCCUCCGAGCCCUGGUGGAGGAGAUACGCAGCGGCGGUGAGACGGACCCGCAGGUCUGGAAGGACUGCGAGGGCCGAUGGCUGCAUCUGUUUCAGCUGGUGGAGAAGCAAUACCAGGAGCAAAUCCUCGCGCAGCAAGAACAGUACCAGUGCCAAAUACAGUUAAUUCAGGACGAGAUCAAGGCGCUGGUGCAGCUCCAGAACCGGCCGCCGCAUGCAGACUUCACCCACAGCGCCGCCAUCCAAACCAGCGAGGACACCACGACCACUAAAGACUUCCUGUUGCCACUUAUGGCCGGCGACUGCUCUUUCCCCGCACACGCGCCCAGCGACAGCGACAGCCUGGCCGCCCCCGCCGCCCUCUCCCCGUUCAGCUCCCCCUCUCCACCCCAUAGGUCGGACGGUGCCAUCCCGCCGGCCGAUGAGCGGGCCACCACGGGGCUCAGCAGCGGCUACGGCACGCUGUCCGCCUGGGAGACGGGAGAAAUGCGAGAGCACCGGUGGUUGGAAGACGCCGAUUCAACCGCCAUUACGCAGGACGAAGCCAAGGCUCAUGGACAGGAGGAUCCGUCAGUAGCCCACCAGCAGAAAACCUCUGGUCAGGUUUUGACCUCCUGGGCUCUGAGGCAAAAACUGCAAGCCAAGAAGCUCAAGACGGGAGCUUCCCGAAUUCCUGAAUACCAAGAGCUGCCGCGCAGCUCGGGCGAUUCGGGCCAGGGUCCUCUGGAGAGCGCCGACUUCCAGCGUCGCGCCGCAUCGUCGUCCUGCGCCUCUUUUUCACUGAGGAGGAGCGAUAGCCUCUUGUCCGAGGCCUCAGGCCUAACCUACUGGCGUCUGAACGAGUGCGACCUCUAUCACCGUCUGCCGGACGCCCUCGACCACAGAAGCAGUGGCGCAGCUUACUUCCUGCGAGAAGCUUCCACGGAUCAGGCAGAGGACCUUGGUGUUUCUCUGCGAGAGAUCUACCAUCACAAGCACAGGACGGACAUCAAACGUUCCGACUGGGAACGCUCCGGGGCUUCCACUCCGUUGUCGCUCCAGCCACUGCUAGUGGAGGCAUCCCAGCCUUCCUCCACGACGCCUGUGAGUCUAGACGCCGUCUCCGAUGUGUCCCAGGAAGCCCCGUCCACCCCGCAGACCAAGACUGGCGAGGAGGAAGCCACCUGUACCCGCACUACUACUUUGAGGCCUGGUUCUGGUUCUCCAGAAGAUCCUGUUGUCCUCUCACUGUUGCGACAGAACCUGAGAGAGAAGCACUCCCGACACGUGGCCGACCUGAAGGCCUAUUACGAAUGCGAGAUUCAAGUCCUGCGAGACAAGCUGGAGCUCCGAUAUCUGCCCGGAGACCUGGAGACGAGCAACCGGAUGCUCUCAGACAGGUGUCAGCACCUGGAGAAAGCACUGGCUGAAGCCGGCCGACGUAUCGACCAGCUGGAGGAAACCAACGCCACGCUGGAGAAACAGCUAGCGGAGUGGCCCGAGCGCUACGCGGUGGCGGGCGCCACUGUCAAGUCCCUGCGUCAGCGUCUGGAGGACAGCAAGCGCUCGGCCAGGGAGAAGGCGGCGGUCGCGCUGAAGGCUCGACGGCAGGCCGACGACAGCGAGGCCAGGAGAGAUCGGGAGGUCCAGGCCAAGAAAGAGCUUCUUACACAAUACGACUGUGUGCUGAAGGAUAACGAUAGACUGAAGAUCAACUUGCUGUCAACAGAGGACAAACUUUACCAAGCCAACAAUCUCAUUUCAGACCUGAAAAGAACCAUUUCUAAAUUGGAGUCUCAAGUGCGGCAGCUGGAGCAUGAGAACCAAGCAAGGGUCCGCCACACCCCCCACGCUGCCUCCCAGCCAUCCGGAGCAGGUCUUUUCCACCAUCCCGACCUGCUUCACUCGCCUAGCAGAGGCAACGCCGAGCCAGACGUCACCCGCAGGAGGUCGCCCCGUCCGGACGUCCACCAGCCGGCUGUCUCCACAAAAUCUGUGUUCCCUUCCGAGACUCUGAUGAGGUGCGCGUCCUCCCGAGACCCCGACCGAACGCCGCCCCCAUCCAGACUCCGGGAGGAGGGUGCCGGCCUCUUGACGCCCAUCAUGAGGGCGCUGAUCGAGAUGGAGGAGACCCGAGCCACCGAGAGCAGAGCCCCCUGGCUGGCCAAUCACAGGCCAUCGCUUGGCAGCGUAGGAGGUCCACUCAGAAGUCAGAGGAGUUUGUCUCCGGACAGCCAUCGGUCCUCCUCGCUGCCUCCGCCAGGACUACGGAGUACAAUCGUAACCACACCUACAAAGAGAGAGCUGUUAAUUGCCCCAUUUCCAACCAAGGGCAGCCCCAAGCGCUGCCCCACCGAGAACUACUCCACUGCCUUUGGGCACAUGAUGCCGCGCGAGGAGCACCUCAGUAACAGGUCUGAUGCACACGCUGACCACACGAGGCGCCACUCGUUCCACAGCAGCAGUCCCAGGAAGAAACUACACUUUGGGUCAGCUGACCACCAAGAUGCUGCUGUCGGCUUGGAGCCGCCUGACUUUGGUGACACGCAGCUGGCGUGUGGAGGAGGAGGGGGAUCCCCAGGAGGUUGCCCAGCCUCUGACAACAAAGUCCAGUCACUGGCAGAGGCUGAGAGACUUUUUGAUGAUCUUACACGGGAGAAACUGGAGAUUGAGGCAUCUCUGAGCCGCAUGCCGCCAUCGUCGUCGGGCGGUCGAGUGAGCAUGAAGACCAGGCUGGACCAGGUGGCCUUAGAGGAGCGUCUGGAGCGUCUGAACCGAGAACUUGGGUCCAUCCGCAUGACACUCAAGAGGUUCCAUGUCCUGCGCUCCUCCGCCAGCAUUGCGUAGCAGCAUGCUAACAAGGCCUGUCACGAUAAUUUUUUUAGGACAAUAUAGUUUGAGAUUACACUUAAUACACUUAACUUUCCACGAGUCCACUAGCGGCUAAUGACACAGCCCUCCAACUAGCCGUCGGCUCAAUCAAUGAGCCGCACGCCGGGUCACCACAACAAUGACAAUUUUUCGAGUCCAUAAAAACCAUUUAAUUUAUUGAACGAUUAUUCAAUAUAGUAAUUAUCGUGACAGGCCUAAUGCUUAUGUUAGCAUGGCCAUGCUACCACAUUUUUUUUAUUUUUUUAAACAUGCUACCUACCACUCGGGGAUACUUUUGAUACGUCUUUUCUGGAAGUCUAUAUUUUUAGUACCACACAGAUUUGUAGAUACAUUUUUUUUAAAACUCAAAGGACAUUUCUAAUAGAAGUUUUCAAACAGUCGCAAUACUUUCUUCCAUGCUCUUGUUUACAUCAUUGACAUUGAAGGAAAUAGUUUUGUUUACCUGACAUUCCAACUGUCUUUGUUUUGUCUUUUCUUACAUUCUUUAUUUUUUUGUGGCAGGACAGGAGCCAGCACAAUCAUCAUAUUUUAUUUUUUAUGCUUACCCAAAUCCACCGUGGAACUAUUACUGAUUGUGAUCCACAUUGCACAAUAAAUUUUGCUUAUAUUUCUA